UUUACCAUUCUUCCACCUGCUCAGUCCUCUCGAAGCGCUCGCGAUCAACAUACAUAUUGUAGAUAUACCCGCCGAGUCUCGAGGAUUUCCGAAGCAGACUCUCCAUACAACAACACCCCCGCUCAUCACCCGGGAGUGAACCAGCAUGGCUCCGUACCGUGCGCCUGGUCGCAGCAAUCGCUCAGGUCGAAGCAAUGCCGAUAACGACGUAUUCGAAGGCCUGCCGGUCAAGCAAUGGGGCCAGUCAUACGCGCGAGUAUCACUAGCUCCGCCUGUCACAGAGGUCGUGUCUGGUGAGGACGACAAAUGGGCGGAUCCGCCGAUGCCACGCGACUAUCAAAUGCUUUCUCCUUGGACGCAGCAACUCCUCCGACUUGCAAGAUCUGGCAAAGUCGGCACCAAGCGAAAACAGGACCUGGACGCGCUGGACGAUGACAAACCCGAGGAUGACAUCGCCGAGGAAGCUAACAAGAGUGUCAAUGUGGAAGACCGUGGCUACAUCGCCAAGAAAUGGAAGCCCGUUCCGGAACAUCUACUCGAGCCAGAGCACAAGCAUUUCGAGUUCCUGGCCAAAAGGCGCAAGGGCCUGCCGAGUCUGUACGGUCCAGAACAGCAAAGUGUCCUCGACGUACCGAUGCGGAAAACAAAGGUGCAGAAGACUGAUGCGAAUGGCGAGAUUGCCAUCUACGAUGUGCUCAUCCCGGAAGGCCAGACAGUGGAGGGAGAAGUGACGGAGUCUACCGAGCUUGCCGAUGCAAAGCCUGUGGUCGCGGCACCUGGUACUGUGAUUGAAGGUGUCGGUAUCGCCAACGAGGAAGGAGUCGUGGUCGCCGAACAUCUCAAGCCGACUGUUGCGCCGCGCCGGAACAGGCCUCCUCCUAAGAAGAAGGGCGGUCCAGGACGUGGCAAGAAGCGCGUGACUUUCACUAAUCCCGACGGAUCUACAUACACGACAGUCGUACCGAACGCGACAAAGAUCGUGCCUCAGCCAGGUCAGACUGUCAAGCAUGUUGCAAAAGGGGAGGAGGCUGGCGCGGAUGUCACUGCUGCGCAAGCUGCGGCUGCGGCGCCUGGAGAAGAGGGCGCUGAAGGAGGACAAGAAGGUGGUGAGGAUGGCAGUGACAGCGGCGACGAUGAUGGAGACGAUGAUGAUGAUCGCGAGGACGGCGAGCUUUCAGGUGAUGAGGCACCUACCCAUGGCGAAGGAAAUGCGGCAGCACCGCCGACUGACGCUGCUCCUCCGGCUCCGACGACCGACACAGCCGAACCGAUGGAGGACGUGCAAUCUACCAACGACAACACCAAGCCCGAACCUGUUGAAAAGAUGGACGCCGAGCCGCUUCCAUUACAUCAAGACGAGACUCAAGCCAUGCCAUCUGCAGCAACGGACCAAAUAACCCGAGACCCACCGAGCUCACCGGAUCUACCAUUAGCAGUGAUCAGUCAUAGCAGGUCUGCGUCCAUGGCUGAUGCGCCUCCGAUGUCCCUCAAUGCUGAAGGGCCUGGCGCCGAAUUGGAAGUCGCUGAACAAGCACUGGAGUCGAGAGAGGAAGUGACAUCGACAGAAGAGCCACUGGCCAAGGUCGCCGUUGGAGAAGAGCCUGCUUCGAUUGUCGAGGAGAUUUCCGAGCCCACCGAAGUCGAGGAGACACCCGCAGUCAUGGAAGAAGCCGCCGAGACUGCCGCAAAAUCGCCUGUAGCCGCAGUUGAACAGCCUUCAGCCGGGGUGCCAGCGGAGGAAGAAGCGUAUGCUGUUCCUGCUGAAGUACAACCUGCAAAAGUACGACCCGCUGAAGGACACCCAGAACCGGAGGCUCCCGCUUAUGAAGCUCUGACGCCGAUUGCCCAUGAAGUCGAAGAGGAGCCCGACAACCCGGACGAUGGCGAGGACGAUCUACUGGGCAACCUGGAGAAGCAUCUGGGGAAUGAGUCGUAG